CAACUUUUUCAUUCCACGUUUCCCACUUUCUUCGCGCGUUUCUCUUUCAAUUCCUGUGUUUGAAAUAUCAGGGAGACCCCAAGAUGUCAGGUCGUGGAAAGGGAGGCAAGGGUUUGGGAAAAGGAGGAGCUAAGCGUCACAGGAAAGUUCUACGUGAUAACAUUCAGGGGAUCACAAAACCGGCCAUUCGUAGGUUGGCUAGAAGGGGUGGAGUGAAGCGUAUCAGCGGUCUGAUAUAUGAAGAAACCCGUGGGGUUCUGAAGAUUUUUCUGGAAAACGUUAUCAGGGAUGCUGUGACCUACACUGAGCAUGCCAGGCGUAAGACUGUGACCGCCAUGGAUGUGGUGUAUGCUCUGAAGAGGCAGGGGAGGACCCUGUACGGGUUUGGUGGUUAGCUUGUUUCCCUAUAAUAAAGUCUUGCUGUCAAGAAGAUGUAACAGUGUGUUUUGUAUGGGGAACUUCUGGUUCCCUCUUUCUCUCCCCCUCACUCCAGGCCUCUGUAGAAGGCUGCUUGCCCUGUAGUUUUUCGGCGCAUUCUAAUUUUCACUGACAUUUACUGAUAUGAAAGUGUAAUGUUCAUUUUUAUUUUCCUCUUGGAUUUUCCGAAUUUGGCAUCUGCAAUUAUCUAUCAUUGAUUAAGUCAAAUCAAUCUGUAAGGGCUUCAAAUAGGGUAGUUGUGGAUUAGU